AUGUGUGUUGACAGUCGAGCAAUCAACAAAAUCACUAUCAAGUAUCGCUUCCCAAUCCCAAGGUUAGAUGAUCUAUUUGACCAAUUACAUGGUUCUAAGAUCUUUUCAAAGAUUGAUUUGAAGAGUGGGUACCACCAGAUUCGUAUGAGAGAAGGUGAUGAAUGGAAGACUGCCUUCAAGACUAGCCAAGGCUUGUAUGAAUGGUUGGUAAUGUCUUUUGGUUUGUCGAAUGCUUUUAGUACAUUCAUGAGGCUUAUGACUCAUGUGUUUAGACCAUUCAUUGGGAAGUUUGUUGUUGUCUACUUUGAUGAUAUCCUAAUUUAUAGCAAAGAGGAAGUUGAACAUGGAAAGCAUUUGGAGAAGGUUUUUGAAACCUUAAGGAGAGAGAAGCUAUAUGCACAACUCAAGAAGUGCAUCUUUUAUACUAACAAUGUUUGCUUUNGUGUUGGUGUCGGAGGAGUUCUUAGCCAGGAAG